AUCGUGGCAGUUCACUGUAAACGCAAUUUGAGAAGCUUUCAAUCUAUCCAUACUGUGAACUAUUGUUCAACCACAAGAAGAGAAAUCGGCACUUCAAAGCAAUAGUUUUUUCUUCUUUUCUACACCCACCUCCCCAAAUAUGGCCUCUCCACAGCCUGCUAGUCCACCACUUACAGAACAGUUUACCCCACCGAACGAGGAAAGCAAGGAAGAGGAGAAGGAGGUGGUGAAGGAGCCACCUGUGAGAAAGAGGGGCAAAGGUAGGCCUCCGAAAGCCAAACCUUCGUUCAGAUGUUCUGCCUGUCAGCAGACUUUCAGCAGCCCUGCGGCCCUAAGAAGCCACAAGCUGUCCUUACACGGGAAGGAACGAGCGCAGGAGCACACAUGCUCCCAGUGUAACAAAGUCUUCCCCAGCAGAGCCCAGCUCUCCAAGCACCAACGUUCCCACUCUGCCCAGCGCCCAUUCCAGUGCCCCCAGUGCCACAAGGCCUACAAGACCCAGACGGAGCUGCGCAACCACACCCGCUCCCACACGGGCGAGAAGCCGUUCGUCUGCACCGAGUGCGGCAAGGCCUUCAUGCAGGCCAUAUGCCUGAGGAUCCACAUGACGCAGCACAGCGGAGAGAGGCCGUUCUCCUGCCCCAACUGCUCCAAGAGCUACCCCACUCUCUCCAAGCUGAAGGUCCAUCUGCGCUCCCACACGGGAGAGAAGCCCUACUUCUGUGCGGAGUGCGGGAAGAGCUUCGCAGACCCGUCGGUUUAUCGGAAACACAGGCGCAACCACCAGGGCCACAGGCCCUACGCCUGCGACGAGUGUGGCAAGACCUACACCGAGCUGAAGGACCUGAAAAACCACGAGCGCUCCCACACCGGAGAGAAGCCUUACCUGUGUUCGGACUGCGGCAAGGCCUUCUCGCGCUCGUCCUCCCUGGCCUGCCACCUGCGCAUCCACUCCCAGAGCAAACCCUAUCAGUGCGAGCAGUGCGGCAAGGGCUUCACCCAGCUCUCCUCCUACCAGUCCCACCUGCGCACCCACUCCGGAGAGAAGCCCUUCCUGUGCCCGCAGUGCGGCAAGAUGUUCUCCGACCCCUCCAGUUUCCGUCGGCACCAGAGGGCGCAUUCGGGGUUCAAGCCCUACCCCUGCGACAAAUGCUCCAAGAGGUUCCGCCAGCCGGCCGACCUGGCCGUGCACGAGCGCGUGCACUCGGGACAGAGGCCGUACAAAUGCCAGAGCUGCGACAAAGCCUUUGUGGCGUCCUGGGACCUGCGCCGUCACAUGCUAGUGCACACGGGGCUGCGGCCCUUCUCCUGCACCGAGUGCGGCAAGUCUUUUGCCGAGCGCUCCAGCCUCAACAAGCACCGCAGAGUGCACUCCGGGGAGCGGCCGUUUAAGUGCCAGCUGUGCGUCAAGUCGUUCGUGGUGUCCUCCAGCCUGCGGAAGCACGAGAGGACUCACCUGGCGGAGAGGGCCGAGCAGCAGCAGGCGGCCCCGGGGGCAGCCACUCCGGCCUUCCCCUCCCACACCACCCUCCCCCAGUUCUCCUGCGCCCACUGUGACAUCACGUUCGGAACCUGGGAGGAAGUGCAGGCCCACGAAAGCCUACACUCCGUCUCCCCCGAUUCCUCCAACAUGGCCGCCCUGCCCAUGGGCCCGCACCAGUGUGCAACGUGCCACGCGGAGUUUGGACAGCUGGCGGAUCUCCAGGAGCACGAGAAGCAGCACCCCAAGCCCCGUCCCCAUGUCUGCGACAGCUGUGGCAAAGGUUUCCUCAACAAAGCCGGGCUUCGUAAACACCAGAGGAUCCACUCGGCCAACAAGCCCCACAGCUGCCCGCAGUGUGGGAAAGCCUUUUUGUUUGCAGCGUAUCUUCGCAAGCAUUUACGCACACACCGUGACCAAGCUACCAACUCCUCCCUCUCAGAGGAACACAUUGAACACACAGAGCCCCUGCCAUCCCCUCCACCCCCCAUGGAGGUCUCCCCAACCUCUGCUGAACCUAGUGCAAUUACCCUGGCUUAUCCCGUGUCACUUCCUAUCCCCGCCUUUCACACAAUGCCUGUGUAUGUUGACAAAGAGGAGGAAAUGUGAGAAAGAUGUCAAGUAUCGGUUUAAGAAACCAACCUUUACAACCCUUUUUCCCCCCUUUUAUUUAAACAGUUUG